CUCAACGAGCCGUGCCAUCUUUAAGAACAUCUUGGUGUCAGCAUGCAGGUUGUACCAGAACAAGGAAGGAAAGCUCACAUUGUACGGUCUCGUUCGAGCCUUACAGCUUGCGAUGCGGAUAAGCUCGUCCCGGUCGGGCUUGUCCAGGCUCAUGGAGCUCGUCGACAUUGGGGAGGCGAACAUGGACGAGGAGCUGGCGUCAAAGAUCUUCGUGUGGGCGGCCGGACCGCGGUCUCGCACCAAGCCUGCAAAGAGGGCUGACAAGCGGUACGACGAGCGGCGUGCUGAUCUGCUGCAGGACUUCGUCACGUUUGGCGAAUUCGACAUUGACGAGUUUGCCCAGUUUCUUCUCGGCGAGCGGUAUCUUCGUGUGAUGCGGCAGCGAGCCAAGAACCACUGCGGCAACAACAGCGAAGCCCAGAUGGCGUACGAGAAGCAAGACAUCCCCACGCCGUCGGAACUUCAUGAGGCCAUUACCACAAUCCGCGGCCUGGACUUUGGCGCCAUGGUGGCGCCGUCGAUGGCGGCGGGAGCGCUGCCGGUGCCAGAGCCUGUGGCGACACCGUCGAUGGCGACGGGAGCGCUGCCAGUGCCAGUGCCUAUGGCGACACCGUCGAUGGCGGCGGGAGCGCUGCCGGUGCCAGUGCCUGUGGCGACGCGGUCGAUGGCGGCGGGAGCGCUGCCGGUGCCAGAGCCUGUGGCGACGCGGUCGAUGGCGGCGGGAGCGCUGCCAGUGCCAGUGCCUAUGGCGACGCGGUCGAUGGCGGCGCGCCCGAUGCCGGUGCCAGAGCCUGUGGCGACGCGGUCGAUGGCGGCGGGAGCGCUGCCAGUGCCAGUGCCUAUGGCGACGCGGUCGAUGGUGGCGCGCCCGAUACCGGUACCAGAGCCUGUGGCGACACGGUCGAUGGCGGCGGGUGUACUGCCAGUGCCAGUGCCGGUGGCGAAUCCGCAGUGGAUGCCCAUGCUGUCGCCAUCCCCUCCGACGUCGCCGCCUCCACCGCUGCUGAUCGAGAUUGGGAUAGAAGCAUCACGACCUUGCCACCAAGGCGAGUACUUGACCGAGUCACUUCGGGUAGAUGAGAACCAGGGCCAUGGGGAGCUCGACGAAGAGUCGUUGGCCGCCGACGACGACAUGGCGCUCUUCCCACAGCUCAUCAGCACGACGCCCAAGCGCCGCCGCGAGCUCGCUGCUACGGAAGACUACCAGCCCCGCCAGCGCCGCAAGCUCAACGCCAACGGCGGCGAGGCGGAUACUUCGUCGUAAGAGCAUCGUUUUCUCUAUGUCCAGCAGACAUCAAACUCACCAAGCC